AUGGCCUCGUCGGACGAGGCGUUGCCCGUGCUCAAGGUCCUCAUCAUUGGGCCGUCGGGCGCCGGCAAGAGCGCUUUAUUGAUGAGGUACUGUGAGGAUACCUUUGACCCGGAUACUUCUACGGCUACCAUAGGGAUAGACUUCAAGACCAAGAGAUUAUCAGUUAGAGGUAAAGCGUACAGAUUAAAUGUCUUUGAUACGGCUGGCCAAGAACGCUUUCGCACCUUGUCCACCAGUUACUAUAGAGGUGCUCAUGGUGUAAUCAUUGUCUAUGACAUUUCGAGUCGAUCCAGUUUUGCGGCCAUGGACAAGUGGAUCGAAGAGGCGAGAAAUAAUGCCAACCCAGAUGCUGUACUGUACAUUGUUGGAAGCAAACUAGACAAGGACGCCUCCGGUGGCCGUGUCAUUUCCCAAGAACAAGGCCAAGCCUACGCCGAUGCUCAGGGGGCAGGUUUCUGUGAAGUCAGCAGCAAGACGAGAGAAAAUGUCCGCCGGCCGUUUAUCGAGGUGGUGGAUCGUAUUGCCCAGAAGCCAGAGCUGAUUAAGCCGCCCAAUGCAAAUAACGGCACCCUGAGUAUUGGCAAUCUCGGUUCCGACUACUCCUCUGCUUGCCCUUGCUGA